GAUGUCACAGAGACAAUCACGUGGCUGAAAUACCUCUGCCAGACUCACAUGGAGUAGAUAAAGAUAGAGAGGGAGAGGGAGAGGGAGGAGAGCUUUCCCCGUCAGUGCGACUCUCUCAGCCUACACAACCUCAGCCUCAGUUAUGUUGUAAGGGCUGUGAGAGAGAGCUUUGCCUUCCUAGCACACCCUGUUAGCACCUUCUCGGGGACGCACACAGCACACAUUCGGCCAUUAUGGAGGAGGCUAAGCUGCUGAGGGAGAGGCUCCAGGCGAUAACGGACAAAAGAAGAAUCCAGGAGAACAUCGCAAAGAAAAGGAGACUGAUUGAAGAGGAGAAAUUAAAACUCCAGUACAUGAAGAAGAAAGCCCUGAGGGAGCAGUGGCUGAUGGAUGGUCUGAGUCAGCAGUCGGAAGAGGAACUGGAGGCCCUGAGGAUUCAGGCUCAAGACGAACAGCAUCAGAGUGACCAGCUGCAAAGCAACAUCCUCAGAAUAGAGGAGGAAAUCGAAGCCUUGGAAACACAAGAACUCAACAUCUCUGCAAACGAAGAAGUAGUUCUGAAACGUUUAAAAGAGGUGGAGAAGACAUCUGAUGACAUCAUCAAGGCGCUAAACGCAGACUUCCAGUCAGAUGAAAUACAUCAUGCCCCCCCACCACUCCCAGAUAUCCCAUCAUUCAUCCAAGAGACACCAACAAAAAACUCUCCUGUGCUUGAGCUUAUUAGUGAAGGACCAAAGAAAGCUACUUUUGUGAUGGAGAUCAGUGUGGAGCAUGAUAAGAGAACAGGCAAAAGUCAGGUAGUCUCUACAGCAACUAUCACCCCGGAAACAAUACAAGAGAGGGGCUUAAAGGUGUACGAUGAUGGGCGGAAGUCCGUAUAUGCUCUGCAACAAGACGGAAGUAAAAUUCACCAUGGGACAGUGGCAGUAAUGACGCCCACAGAGGUAGACGAGCUGCUGCAUCAGGCCACAGAGAAGAAUGUACCAACUGAGGUGCAGUACCAUCAGCCUGUCUAUGCUGUACCCUACAAAGGAAGCAGCACGCCUUCAACACCUAGGAUAAGGAGACAAACUCCAACACCCAGCCCCAGACCAUUUCAAAACUCAGGCCUGCCCAGAAAUGAAGAUCAAAUUUUCAGAGAGAAAAAAAAAUGCAGCCUGGACAUGGAACCAUCACAAUCUACAAACAUAUCACCUAGCCCAAGUCUUAUCCAACCUGAAUCCAUAUCAAGAGUCCAAAGACCAAGACAAGAAACCAUUUGGCCUUGUCCUCACAUUCCAGGACAAUCAAAGAGUGACAGUCAUGGUGAAACUCUUCUCCUGGGACCCACCAACAGAAAGACGGAUGCCUGCAGUUCAAACCCAGCGGUUCUUGUCUCAGUCAAAGACUGGUCUGGAGGUGUACCAGCACCCAAACAACCAAGUAUAGAUGGCUGCAGUCCUCCACUAGCCAACCAUAAGGCCGGGGUUGAUCUUUAUGUUCUCGCAGAGAGUUCAGGUGAUGUUAAGAGUAAUUCACCCAUCUCUGCAGAUGGCAUUGCCUCUCUUAAUCUCAUGAACACCCUGCCAGAGGAGCUAGAAUCAGAACCCAUCACCAUGAUAUUCAUGGGCUAUGAAAAUGCAGAGGACAAGAAUAAAGAUGACAUCCAAGCAGAGCUGGUUAUUAUCAGCAGUGAUGAGGAGGAGGAUGAAAAAUCCUAUUAUGAUCCGAAUGAAAGCAGCGAAGGGUGUCUCUCGUACCAUCCAGAGGGAUACAAGAGUAAAGUCUUCCAACCCAAAGUAGGUAUAGCAAAUGUUAAAGGGUGCAGAGACGUUACUGAAGAUAAUGUCAGAAACAGUAACGAUAUAGGGCUCCACAAGCCAACAUUCACCCACCCUCCUGAGAGACCCAGUCCCUACCUGGAAGGACAGAGGGUGGCUGUUUCUGCAGAAACAGACAGCAUAAAUAUGGAGGAGAUGAAACUCUUUUCAACAGGAAGUUAAGAUGGCACCUAACCACUUCCUAAGAAACUGGAUUGUUGGAGAGUAAAUAUAGGAAUGUAAUUUAUUCUCUGUCUUUCCUUGUCCUUUACCAUGUUUAUGAGUUUUUGUAGGUUAGAGGGAUUGAAGAAAACAACUGAGUUACUGCCAAUGCUGUUAGUUAGUUUUAUUAACCAGGGUAAUAUACAUGGGCACAAUGUCACUGCUUAGAAUAAUACUUAUUUAUUAAAUUAUUAAGUUGUUUGAAAUAUAUUGGUAACUGUAUUCAUGCAUUUUUGACUAGCAUUAAUCCAUUUGAAUAUCUUAUUGGUUACAGUCAUUGUUUAAGGGUUUGUAACCUCAUUCAGUACAAAUUGCUUUGUCAAUAUUUAUUGAGGUUGACAUUUCAAGCAUAUUGUAUUACAUAGCUGUAGGAGCCAGUUUUAAUUGAUAAUGGGUGGAAGAUACCGAAUUGGGCCAGCAGGUGUCACCAUGGUGCACUUGCCUUAUUAGGUGGGCACUUUCAGCCAGGUGGCAGGUGUUGCGAGACGGAGGAGCACACAGUUUGACCGCUCCGGGCUCCGUCACAAGUACGUGGUUAUGGGUGACAGCUAUAUGGACUCCACAUUCUGACAAAUAAACCAAAUAUCCAAGCAAAAACUCAAAGGCGUGAGCGGGUUUAUUGUGCAGAACGAAACAGGUGGUGACGAGGUGGCCAGCGCGUCAAACGCAACUUUUAGCCUGUCUACGCAGCCCCUCAGUGGCUUCAAGUUCGGCUUAGCCGCUACAAUAGCAUUAUCCAAUAUAACUUACAAUUAGCAGUUAGUCUUGCUCACACAGGACACGUAUCAUCCUGGGAUAGAAUCGCCAACCAUAGAGUUGCGAAAGAGCCCUCUCUACUCAGGAGAACAAAAUUGAUUCUACUUUCCACCUGGACUAAGGAAGAGUUUGUUUUUACUUACAAAUUUAAGUUAUUCAUUAUAAUAAACUUUUGGGUACUUUAUCUACAGCUAAUACGUUUUGUAUAUCAUUAAAAAUAUACAUAAAACUAAAAAUUAGUUAGGUACUCUAAAAUUAGGAUGUAGAUAUUUAAUUUGAUUUAAACUUCAUAGAUUUUGAUCAAAGAUAUUGACCCCAUCUCAUCUCAUCUUCACCCUCUUAUCCGGGGUCACGGUGGCAACAGUUCACUUUCACGGGCCGCAUCUACCAGUUCUGACUCGGCGUUCCAAAGUGAUCUAGUCCUGGGUCUUCCCCGGGGAACCUUCUCAGCUGACCGUGCCUGGAAAAUCCCCCUAGGGAGGCGCCCAGGGGGCGUCCUUACUAGAUUGCGUUGAAAGAAGAGAGUUGAGGUGGUUUGGCAAAGGAGCAGUGGCUCUACUCCGAGCUACCCUUGGAAGACGGUCUCUAAGGGAGAUACCGGCACUACUGAGGAAAUGCAUUUCCGCCGCUUGUACCCAUAACUUGGGGUAAGGCCACAUUUCCUACCCGGAGAAGGCAAUCCAUUGGUUUCCUACUGAGAACGAUGGCCUCAGAUUUAGAGGUGCUGAUCCUCAUCCUGACCGCUUCACACUCGGCUGCAAACCCCAAAGAUACCAUUAGCACCACAUCAUCUACCAAAAGCAGCAAUGAGCCUGCAGCACCUCGAACUGUGGACCCUCCUCCCCUCGACUACGGCUCAAUAUCCUGUCCAUAAUGACCUAAAACCACCACAAGGUUUCAGAUCAUCGUCAUUGUCCAGAAUCCUAGCACGCUUGAGCUUGGACUCAAACUGAUAGCCGGAUAUUGUCCUUCAGGAUUUUCUGGUAGAGAACGGAAUUCAUGGUUCUAUAAAUUAUGGUAGGUGGUCCAGGUCCUGAAGCUUCAAACAGCCCCCGAAGAAUUAUACUACCCCCUCCAUCUAAUUGGUCAGCAGUUGCUUUCUUAUUAAAACUCUCCCAUGAAUGCCAUGUUUGCCCAGUCUCUUUCUUAAUGUUGAGUCAUAAACUCUGUCCUUAGCUGUUGAAAGGGAGGGCUGCAGUUCUUUUUAUGUUGUUUGGUGACUUCUUGAUUCAACAGGUCUCCCAGUAGACAGGCCAGGGGGUGGCAAGUGAAACAUAACCACGCUCCCUUAAAAAGUGUGGUUUAUCACAAGCUCAUUCAGGAUUUAUGUUUUUUUUACAUAGUGCCAGGUAGAUUUGAAUAGAUUUUUUCCCGUAAUAAUUAAAAUCAUCAUUUAAAAACUGCAUUUUGUAUUUCCUCGGGUUAUGUUUGAAAUUUCUUCCAAUGAUUUUUAACAUUUAAGUGUGACAGCUAUGCAACCAAAAAAAAAGAUACAAGGACGCGGCAAAAACUCUUUCACAGCAACAUAGAUACAUCAGACCUUAUUAGUCUCCUUAAAAAAUGAUCUCAAGACAUACAAACAGCUCAAUUGAUGAUCAAAGGCUGAUUGACAGCACUAACAUUAUUUUUUUAGUUUAAAAAGAUGAACAUUUAAAAUUAGAUAACUUAAUUAGUGAUAUUAAUAUUGUGGACUUGUGUAUAAAGCAGGACUGCAUGACAACAGGGCUGCACAGAAUUCUGUCUUAAAAUAUGAUAGGACUGAUGGCUGAGGGGAAAGUUACUGCUCUUUUUAUGUAAAAUUACUUUGCUGUGUGAGAUGUGAAAAUAAUGAUGGGGGAAAGAAGGUGGCAUUUUAGACAUCAGUCUUAGAGUAUUCAGUCUUAUAACAAUUCAGUAUGCAAGACAAUAAUGUGGAAAGUUAGACAAAUGGCAAGCAUAAUCUCAGAAAUUCAACAUUUACGCAGUAUCUCUUUUUAAAAGUGUAAUAAACCAAUGUUGUUAUCCAAAAGGAUUUAAUGUGCUUUGUUAACAGAAAUGUAUCACAGCUGUUAACAAACAUUUCUAAUUUGUGCCAGUUGAAGCUGACAGGAAGUUCACACUGAGAGGGGCUGAUUGACGACGCCGAUGCUGAAACCCCACAGGAGAACAGAGUGGUGCAAACAACUAAAGUUUAUUGAUUUUUUCCUUUUUUAAGGCCAGACCAGCAAACAGGACAUCUUUAUUAUGAGAAACAAGCACUCCACCCCACUCACACAGUUAAAGGCACAGAACAAAACAUGGGACAUGUAACAACCACCCACAAAACCACAUACAAACAUGUAUGGUGAAGACAUGAGCGAGUUGGUUUUCUGCCAUGCCAAGCAGGCAACGGCUUAGCCCAAAGAAUAUCGAUCAAACUGUCCAAAGCCCCAAGAUUUAACAAAGCAUUGUGUAAAGAAGUUCUAAAACUGCAGCAGUAUGGAUAUGUGUCUUGGACACAUGUCAGUCCACUGAAAUGGUGAAGCCCAACAGUUAAACAGGGUCAUUAUCAGCUGCUCUUUCCUGUAUAAGGUAUUCCGCUUUACAUGCUAGAUUAACAUACCCGAAGUUUGACUGGUGAUUAUAUAUGUUGCGUCCACAGCCUAUUUUAACUGUCCCCAGGUAAACAAAGAGAUAAAUCAAGUUUAAUUUGUAACUAUAAACACUACAUAAUUAACUAAUGCAUUGCAGGCUCACACAAAAUAGUGAGUAUUGGAAAAAUCCAGAUGCAAUGGUCUUCCUACUAGCAGAGAAACAUAUGGGCUAGGACUCAAAUCAACCCUGCUUUUGCAUAGAGUGUAUGAAGACAAGAUGAGCUCCUCUCUGUCUAAGUGUGUGUUCAUCAGAGUAAGCUCAAGUAUUGGCUGACUCCAGGACAGCCCUCCUUCCACCAGCCGUCCAAUCAGGAGCGGCAGCAGCCAGGCUGUGCUGCCAGUGUUGAGGCUGCACUCAGAAACAGAGCAGAGUAGUCUGCGUAAGCCCAUCACACCGUCUCAG